CCCGCACUCUUUUAUCCCUCCUUUUUCACGAGCUUGUUGUUACCGCCAUUUGUUUCACUCAGAUUCAUGUGUUAUCGUGUGCGAUGAAGCGAAGCGGAAGCACAAGCAGCAUAAUUUGUCCAGCCCAUGUAGUAUGGAAAAUUAACGAUAGCGAAAUAACAAGAUCGACCUAUAUUUUUCUACCCCAAAAAUAAAAUUCCCCCAUUUAUUCAAGGUUCGUCUUACCACCUAGUAAACGCCGUAUUUAUGUUUUCUAGAGCUCGACGAGUCACCCUCACCUCCACGUGUACUCAACAGGUUAGUUCUUGAAAAAGAAAAGUCUUUAUUCAACAUCAAGGAGCGCCGUUGAAGCUAUCAAUUGAAGUUGUCGAGGAUUAUUACACACCUCCCACCUCUCUCCCCACCGAGGAUCGAGACUAACAACAUCAACAUGACUUCGCAACCGCCAGCACCUGGUUCGCAUCACACUAAGAUGCCGCCACCCCAGCACCUCCCGCCGCCGCCGAGCCACGAUCCGCGGGGAGCGCCGCCCCCGACAGGAACUCCUGGUUACCACCCGCAGCCACGGGGAGCAGGUACUAGUGCAACGACCGGUGUUCAUCUUGCGGGUGUCCUCCCGGGAAAUCCGCCACCGCCCGCACCUAGUCCACCUGGUGGACUACAACCGCAGUCAAUGAUGCCAUAUAAUCCAGGGCAACUACAUCAAGGCACUAUGAAAAAUGGUCCACCAGCACCUCCCGGAAUGAUGCCAACAUCUCAACAUCCUGCCACUAUGCAGCCGUCUUCCACCAGAGGGCUGCCGCCGGGAGGAGGUUCGGUUUCGCCCCCGCCGCCGCCGGCGAUGCUGGUCCCUUCACAACAAGCAGGCGCAGUCCCGCGGCCAAACAUCCGACCGCCGCCCGGAAUGGCACCGGCAGGCAAUGGCGCGACGACCAAUGGAGGUGGAGCUGGGAACGGGAAUGGUCAUCCAUUGAACCAACAACAGCAACAGCGUGGUGGUGCUCCUCAGGGUACUACCAGCCCGACUGGACCACCGCCACCACCGCCCCCACCGGGGAUGGAGAUGGUUGGUCCUCCAGGCAUGGCCAAGGGAGCUGGAAAGAUGGGUCAACACCAGCAGCACCCCGCGCCGGCUCCGCCACCGGGGAUUGUCGCAGGAGCAGGGGUUGGCAGCUCCACCAAGCAAACAACACCGCACAUGAAGACCUCCAAUGUAGUAGGCCCGCCGCCGGGCAUGGCUGCCGUGGCUCCGCAACAACCGCCAGCUGGGAUGGCGGGGCAACAACCUUCGCCCGGAGUCGUGUCAGGGGGAAACAUGGCCGCGCAGCGCGGGUCUCCACCUCCGAUGCAGGGAGCAGGGCCGCAUCCGCAGGCUGCUUACAUCGCCGUGCCGACCGGGUACGGAGCGCCGCCUGCAGGAGCAGGCAAGGGACAGCCGCUGUACCAUGAACAGGUAUUGGAUGUUGAUAAUUUUUCGGUGGUGCGGCUUCAAUUUGUGUGAUGGUAUGUGAUGUGUGGUCUGGUUGAAUCUUCAUCGCGAGUAUGGUAUAAAACGGCACGGCACGACGACAGGUGAAGUAGAAUAUGAAAGGUUAGUGUGCAUUUAUUGAUCUUGCAGCAAGUACUCUGCAGCCCAGAUUGAUAAAGCAAAAGCACAUAUACACAACAUCACUUCGUCAUAUUAAUUCCAGAGAUGACAUCUUCCGAAUUCAAAUCAUCUGCAAAUCAAUGCACCCUGCACAUCAACACCAACAGGCCCGGUACAACAACGUCGCCCAGCCUCCGCACCCAACGGACCCUCGUUACGGUCUGGGUCCACCGCAGCAGCCGAUGCACCCUGCCGGCGCGAUGCCAACCUCGCCGCGUCCCGCGCCGCCAGCCGGCGCUGCCCCCGCACCGCAGGAACUACAACCACGCCAACGCAUGUCGCACCAGCAGGCUGCAGAACACCAAGCCGCCGCACAGCAGCAGGCACAGAAUCUUCAAGUACAGCAGCAGCAUGCCGCCAACUAUAACAACAACCAAACGGCGAUAAUUCCUCCGCCGAGGAGGAGCAAGCAAGCCCGGGCGUCCACCAGCACCCUGGAUGAGUACCAAGCGCGGUGGGUGAAGCAUAUGGAGGUGAACAAGAAGAUGCGGCAGAGGUUCCACAACGCGAUUAUGGCGUUCUCAAACGUUACGUCCUCAACUGUUACAUAAUUUGUCAUGCAAAACUCGCAGCAGCAUCUACACCAUUAAGGAGCUGCUUCGCAUGACAAAUUGUCGAAUGGCUAGACAGCAUCUAAAUCUGUACCAGACCUGUAUUGCAAGAGGCGCAAACUUCCGCCUUUCACUCUUGCUGUUUUUGCAUGACAAAUCCAUGUAACAAUAGAGAAUGUAACAUUUGAGAACGCCAUAGCGAUGAAGGCGAAGUUUCCGGAGUACACCCGGGCCAUGACGGAGUUGCAGAAGAACGACAUGCAGGACGUGUACCUGAUGGUGGGCAUGCGCCACUGCUUGGUCAUGAUGCGGCACUACAUCGGGGAACCCAGCGAGGAGCAGAAACUGGGCUACGGCACCGAGCAGCGCGUGGAAAUGACGAAGCAGGAGCGCCACGACGAACGGCAGCGGCGCAAGGCGGAAAGGGACAAGCUGCGCGAAGAACAAGGAGCCACGCUGGGAGCCGCACGUAAGAUGUUGAGACAGGAUUUUUACGUUUUAUUUCGCAUGAUGUUCUUGAUGGAUUCUGUUUUUUCUUGAAAAUUCGACUUCGAGUAGAGGUUUAGAUUUCAUCUGCUGUCAUUACACUUCUUGACUUGCACUUCUUCUUCGCGCAUUUAAGUUCUUGAAAAGCAAAUUGAACUUCAUACUAAACCGCAGGUGCCACUUUCACCAGCACCGGGACGGCCGGAGACAAUCCGCCGGCCGACCCGUGGUUUUUGCGCCAAGGGGGCCCUAGUGGAAGCGCAGACCCCGCGAAGGAAACUAAUGCUGCUUCGAGCAAAGUGGCCAACUGGCGCGACGCGCAAGCGGAGCCGACGUCGAGCUAUUUCGCAGCGCGGACCACCGCGAAGGACCCUGAACGCGGUGGCCUGCCGCGUGCCGGGUCAAAGGCGCCGAGUAGCUCUGCGUCGCAGUACGAUGUCGUGAAUAAGGAAAUGUGGCGGACAGUGUCGACGCUUGAGCAGUCGUCCCCUGACAGCACUACUGCCGCGGCCGGUAAUGGGAUGAACAGCAACAGUGCCGGUAAGGAUCAUCAAAACAAGGACACUGACAACCCAACUGACGACUUCGUCCCGUUGUCCCGGCAACGGCAGGAGCAGGAGCGGUUGGCGCGCCAGGAGUCCACGGGUGGAGCGGGCGGGCUGCUGUCCCGCACCCAUAGCAAGCCGCUGAUGAAGACCGCAGACAAGGGAGAAGAUGGCGAAGACGCCAAAACUCCGAACUCCUGGUACAAGCAGAAAUUCAGUUCGUCGUCGAAACUCGGAGACCACGACGAGCCCGGCUCCAGCUCCAGCUACCCUCCCCGCGCCGCGACUGAGGAUAACAGUACUAAGGAAAAGGAUAAUUACAAGAACUGGCGCGACGUCAGCAAGGAGCACGAUUACAACGAGCCCGGCUCCGGGUACCAGAGACGCUGGCACUACACGCAAAGUGGUCAAGAUGGUGCGAAAGGGACCACGUCGACGUCGAACAAAGAGUCAGGCAGCCGAUACGACCGGUUCAACAGUAGCAACGCCUCCACUAAAGAGGAUUACUUCGGAGGCAGCCGGGACGAGGACUACCACAACUCCUGGGACAGCAACCAUCGCGACUGGGACCGGGGCUGGAAGAGCAAAAACAAGCGGGAUCAUAAGUACGGUUGGGAGAACGACUUUUUCGACGACUACAAUAAUUCCGACAAGGAAGACGAUCCCUACAGUAACUGGAAGCCGGACGCGCUGGACAAUUCCAACUCCUACGAUACGGCACUCACCAACUGGAAAAACGAACAAUCUUCCGGUAGUUACUUGAACAACGAUUCCUCCAAUUCAGGAACAGCUACCACGUCGGACUCCUGGAAUAACCAGCAAGCGACCGGCGCAGGAGCUGUGACCGCGACGAGUACAACUUCUCGCCGCCAGCAGAAGGAGAAGGAGCGGGAGGAGGAUGAGCGACGGGAGGUGGAAGCGGCGAAGCGACUGGCGCAGGAGUUGGAGCAGACGAAGCAGAAACUGGAACAGGAGCGGCUGAAGCGGUUGGAGCUGGAAGAGAAGAAGAAGCAGGAAUCGGCGCUGGAAGAGGUGAAACAGCGGAAAAUCCGGGAGCAAAUUCGAGAGGAAACGGAACGGCUGGAAAAGAAAAAGAAGCAAAUCGAGACGGAGUCCAAAGCCAUGGAAGUACAGAGACAGAAGGAAGCGGCGGAGUUUAGAAGGUAGUACCGUUUUGAUGUUGUCUUCAAGAGCUUUUUAGGUCGUUGUUCACUUGCUUCUACAGAGGGACCACAUGGUUUUUUGAUGCAACACAAGAUUUCGUGCCAUGUGCGCUCCUGUGCAACGUUACUAGCGUGUCAGCACUUAUAGUUGUUCUGGUGUGCUCGGCGCUUUUUCUGUUUGUAGUUACGCUCUCGCGAGUUGUUGUUUUUUUCUCCAUGCCACAAUCACAAUGUUCGAUCAUGAACCAAAAAUAAAGAAUCCUCCUCGCAGAUUGAUGAAUCACAAUGAUGAAAAAUCGUAUAUGACCCACGACCUCGCAGGUUGCAACUGAAGCAGCGCGAAGAGUCUCAGCGGAAGGCCCGGGAGGACCGGGAACGGGAGGAGCGCGAGCUACAGCAGAAGCGACUGGAGCUAGAACAGUGGGAAACCAAGUUGAAGCAGCAGGAGGAGCAGGCAAGGCGAGCUGAGCGAGAACAGCAGGAGCAUCUGCAGCGGCAACACAGUAGUACUGCUGCACCAUCUCACAAACAGCUGAAAGUUCCGCUCCCGCCGCCGCCGAUACUGCCGUCCUCCCCACCUCAUGCCGAUUUGGAGAUGGCUUCGCCGCCGUCCGGGGGAGGCUACUCGAGUUAUCAAAGUUCGCUCGCGGGCUCACCAGGAGCUUCGAUUGAUGUGGAACAGGGUCAGCAACAGCAUGCUAGGGCCAGCACGCCAGGUCAGCAUCAUCCACCCGGAACGAAAGGACAAUCCUCCUCGCAGAUGGCGGGAAAAAAUAACGCGAUGUUAAACAAGGCUGUUGUGACCGCCCCGCCAAUGAUCUCGCCACCGACAAUCGCCCCGCCGAGCAUUCCAACGCCACAGAUCCCGACGCCGCAGAAACAUUCUACUUUGGCGGGAGCGCAAAAGGACCAAACUUCUGACAAGAAGGCACCAUCUUCUCGCAGUUCUCCCGUCGGGCCUGCUUCAAAUAAGAUGAGCGACUCCGUUGCCUCCACUCCCGCUGCAGCGAAGACCUACGGUGACGAGGACGACGCUGAUUACAAUAAGAACAGUGGCUCGUGGAAGGAUUACGGGAACAACAACAAGUGGGAAGAUGAUGUGGACCGACGGAACUACAAAAACUCGUGGGAAAAUAACUACAAGAACGACUAUGGAUCUUCUGGCUGGAAAGACUACGAUAAGAAUGAGGACAGUGGGUACAACAACAGUAGAUACAAGCAUUACGACGACGAUGAAGUAGCCAAGAAUUAUGCUUGGAACAAGAAGAAGUACGAAACAAACUACGACAAAUACGACGAUUUUGACAUCAAUGAAGUGGAAAGCGACGAAGAGAGAAAUGAAAAGCCAGUCCAGAAGAAUUAUGAUUACCGCGCCGGCAAAACCAAACACCAAGAAGAACCGCCGAAGCCCGAACCUGUGCUCGAUUACACCAAGCCUGUGGAGCAUUUCACCGGUCCGAAGGCGAAGAAGAAGGUGAACAACCACUUCGGCGCUCUGAUGGCGAGUCAGGAUGAUAGCAUCAGCGACGACGAGGAGGGUGGAUCUCUGAACAAGUCGACGAGUAGCAAGGUUUCCGUCCCGCCACCGACCGCACCGCCGCCCCCAGAAUCUUCAAAUCUGAUGUUGAAUCUCACCAAUGUAGCAGUUGCUGCUGAGCCAGGUCAAGCACAGCCGCGGUUUGCGAAGGUCCGGAACCUGAACGCGCUGGGGGAUCAGGACCAUGGGGACGAAAGUCCGGAUGCGAAGGACUUGCAGGCCCAGCGGAUGCAGCAAAACGUGUCCGCCGCGGCGUUAGCCGCCCGGGAGGCCGAGAAGAAGAAGCAGAAGAAGCUGGCGAAAAAAGAGCUGAAAGACCCUCUGGCGAAGCCGACGGCGUUGAAAAAAGGCACCGCUGGAUUAGACAACGCGCCGGCGAACUUUGGCGCCACCGGAGCGGACAGAAGGCGGUACGCCCACAUUGUGGAAAGCGCCAAAUACGUGCCGCCUGGUACAACAGUCAGACUCAUGCUUCCUUUUCUUUUACAUUUACGGCGGUAGAAGUCGCGGAGAGUGUUAGUUUCAUCGUUGGAGAAAUUUUAAUUUUUCUUGUUCAUGAUAUGAGUAGAUUGGCGCCUCCCCUUUUGGCCUUAUAGGCACAUGCAAAGUCCGAUAAGCACCCGCCUUUCUUUGUAGAAGUGGACUGUUUCAACUCUAAAUUGAAUUAUUUCGUAGUACUGCAAUUCCAGCAAUUUUGUCUUUUUCUUUCCAGGUGCUGAGGAGUACUACGAACAAUACGAGGAGGACGCGCGGCUUCCGCCGUCUUCUCACCCGCCACCGCCGCCGGCGACCGUUGCUGGAGAGAGCAAGCCGGCGAAUUUUUCAUCCACCCUGAGCAACAAAGCAAAGCCAGCCCCUGUCGUCACCGCAAAGUCGUCGAAGGUAGAAGAAGUGUUUUUUCUAUGAGCGGGAAAUAACAACUUGCGUUGGUUUGAUACCAUAAAAAUCCACCUGUUCUCUUGUGUUUCGCCACCUGUUCGAUUUGUUGAUUGAACGAAUUUUUAUACAUAGUACAAAACGCACCGCGACUUUGUCCGAACAUCAAGCAUGCGACGUUGACAGCACGAUCCACCACCUCCUGAUAUUCGCUACAUAACACCAAACAGGUCGCCAACCCUGCCGUGUCCGCCUCGAAGACCGGCACCGCGUCCGCUUGGGGCAGCAGCCAGCAAAACCAAGCUAGGGCAUCAACCGUCGGAGGCUCGGGCUCUGCCUGGGAUAGCAGCAUCGGAAACAACCGCGGUCGCGCCGGCUCUACAGGAGACCUUUCGUUUGAUGCGCAAUUGGAGCUGGCAAUGCAGCUCUCUCUGCAGGAACAGAAGCAAAGCACAACAUCAACUUCUAUGUCGCGCGGGUCGCCGGCGAAAGCGGUUCCCCCGCCCGCCAUGCCGCCGGUCAUGGGCGCUGCAGCUGGUAAUAUUAAUGCCUUCCCGGCGGUGCCCUCCAAAGCCGGAGUUCCGCCGCCCGCCAAGCCGGUUCCGUCCACGAAGGCCGGAGGAGGUGCUUCUAGUGCCGGUCAGUCUACGUCAGCGGGUAGUAAAAGGAAAGCGAAUGGAGCCAAUGGAACAACGACGAGUGGUCCACCACCACCUCGUGCAGCUGUCAAUCCUUCCUCCAAGGAACCUCCGCCGCCGCCUGCUGCCGCUCCGGCACACCAGCAGGAGCCUUCUCCAAAUGCGGCAGAACAAGACGCGGAACAGCUCUUGAAGGAGUUCCUGAGAAACGACCCCUGGUAUGCGGAUAUGGAGAAAAACCGGAAGAAAUUAGACAAGAAGCUCCGGGAGAUCACCAAAUUAGAGGAACAAGACCUCGCGGGCGCGCACCUGCAGACGAACCAGAUGCAAAAAAUCAUGGAGAAGCCAGAAAUUGAGCAGCAGUUGAAGAAGUGCGAGGACGAACUGCUUUCGAUGGAGGCGGACAUGCGGGAACAGCAGAACAUCGCAAAACACUCGGAGGAGCGGGCGGAAAACCGAAACGUGCUGACCACAGCCGACAAGUCGGAAAUGACCGCCAGGCAGAAAGCCCGGGCAAGGCUGAAGGCGAAUCGGAAGUGA